AUGAAAGAAAUGUCUCUUACUUUCAAGAUAAUCCUUCUGGGGGAUUCUAAUGUUGGAAAAACUAGCAUACUCAAAAGAUACUCAGAAGACACGUUUUCAGAACAAUAGGCUCCCACCAUUGGACUGGCCUUUUAUAAAAAGGUAGUGGAGAGAAAAAAUAUUAAAAUAACGCUUGAGAUUUGGGAUACAGCUGGGUAAGAGAAAUUCAAAAAGAUUGCCCCUAUUUACUAUCGAAAUGCUUAAGCAGUCUUAAUUUGUUUUGAUGUGUCAAAAAGCGAAACUUUGGAAGGAGCGAAAAGAUGGUUGGAAGAAAUUGAUAAAUAUCUGAGUUCGGACUGUGUUAAAUUUUUGGUUGGAAAUAAAUAAGAUAAGGGUGAUUUCGAGGUUGAUUAGACAUUUCUAGAAAAUAAUCAUAUGAAAUAUAUUCAAACUUCAGCUAAGACAGGACAUAAUGUAGAUAAAUUAUUUCGAAGAGUUGCUAGAACUUUGGCAAAGACUAAAAUAAAAAAGAUGGAAAGUCUUGAUUAGAAGACAAUCAUAACUCUCCAAGUAUAAGGACCAGAAGAAAAAUAAAAAAAAUCUCUAUGUUGUUGAUUUAUUGUUUUAUUUCGCUCAAACUUCAACAUAAAAUAAAAA